CGGUAGCGUCUAGAUUCUCUUCGUGCAGAGGACCUUUCCUACAGCGAACACAGCGCCGCUGCCUGUCACUGUUUGAAUAACUUUAUUGAUACCGAAUACAUGGACCAGUUGACUCCAUCACUUUGGUUAUAUAGGAGACAGACGCCCAGCUGUGCAUGACGUCAUUAGGGGCAGGGUUGUCAUGGCGGCCGGGACAGCUGCUGAGGAGCCGCUGCGGUCCCGGAAACACCCGGUAAUGGAGAGCCUCGACACGGCGGCCGCUACCGUCGGGAUUGGGCCGGCGGAGUUCUCCGAAACUGUAGCUUUGAAUCCUGCCAAGCGAGAUGCGCAGCCGGUGUGCCCCGGGGAUUGUAGUUCUCGGUUGCGGGUACCGGCUCCAGGCAGCGAGCAGCCGCUGGCUCCGGCGGAAGAGGAGAAGCAACAGGCCGCGAAGACCGACGGCAAGGAGCUGCCCAUUGCUGGAAGCGUGCCUAUAGCCUCGGACAGGGCGAACGCUGAGGAUGGGAGCCUGUCAGGGAGCUUCACCGAGCCGGCUGCAGGGAAGGGACCUACCGGUUCCCUCACCCCCGAGGAGCCGAGCAGCAGCGGUCACAGCGCCCCCGAGGGAUCGCAGAGCCUGGACUCCCUGGAAUCCUUUUCCAACCUGCUCUCCUGCCCCAGCUCCGAGCUGGUCAGCGAGGGUGCGGAGGAGAGGCUGUUCGGAGCAGAGGAGGAGGACGGGGAGGCGCAGGCGGCCAGGGACCGCUACACGGGACAGUCCGUCUAUCACAUCAAGUGGAUACGGUGGAAGGAGGAGAGCACCCCGAUCGUCACCCAGAACGAGAACGGGCCGUGCCCCUUGCUGGCCAUCAUGAAUGUGCUGCUGCUGGCAUGGAAGGUGAAAUUACCUCCCAUGAUGGAGAUUAUCACGGCAGAGCAACUCAUGGAGUAUCUGGGUGACUAUAUUUUAGAUGCAAAACCGAAAGAGAUCUCUGAAGCUCAGCGUCUGAACUACGAGCAGAAUAUGAGCGAUGCCAUGGCAAUUCUACACAAGUUACAGACUGGCCUUGAUGUCAAUGUGAAGUUCACUGGAGUGAGAGUCUUUGAGUACACACCAGAGUGUAUUGUGUUUGAUCUUCUCGAUAUACCGUUAUACCAUGGCUGGUUAGUGGAUCCAGAGAUUCCUGAGGUUGUGACAGCUGUGGGUAACUGUAGUUACAACCAGCUGGUGGAGAAGAUUAUUUCAUGCAAGCAGUCGGAGAGCAGUGAGCUUGUUAGUGAAGGUUUUGUUGCUGAACAGUUUUUAAAUGGAACAGCCACUCAGCUGACUUACCAUGGACUAAGUGAGCUGUCCUCAACCCUUCAGGAAGGAGAGUUGUGUGUAUUCUUCAGGAACAAUCAUUUUAGCACCAUGACAAAAUAUAAGGGACUACUGUACCUGCUUGUGACGGAUCAGGGAUUUCUUACGGAAGAGAACAUUGUCUGGGAAAGUUUACACAAUGUGGAUGGAGAUGGAAAUUUUUGUGACUCAGAAUUCCACUUAAGACCACCAUCCGAUCCCGAAUCUGUAUACCAAGGACAACAAGACCAGAUUGAUCAGGAUUAUCUGAUGGCUUUGUCACUACAACAAGAGCAACAGAACCAAGAUAUAGAUUGGGAGCAGAUACCAGAAGGCAUCAGUGAUCUGGAGCUGGCCAAAAAACUUCAGGAGGAAGAGGACAGAAGAGCCUCACAGUAUUAUCAGGAACAAGAGCAGGCAGCAGCUUCUUCACCUCCUCAGAGUGCGCCCACACAAGAGCUUUCUUUUUCUCCCACUGCUAAUCCCACCACCGGCCGGGACAGCAGCCUCCGGCAAUUGCCAGUGCGUCCAGUGGACGACCACCUGGGAGCAGCGAGAAAAAGAAGAAAGAGCCCAAAGAAAAGGAAAAAGAAAAGAAUACUUGCAUACUUUUGUAACAAAGAGAUAAAACAUCCUUUUACAGACUCCACCAAGAGGCAUGAUAAUGAGUGGAGGAAAAGGAGACACUGGUUAUAAGCCACCUGUGCCUGAAACCCCCUCAGCUGUGUCUCAGUUUAGAAAGGGGAGGAUUUCUUACUGACUUGUUUUAGACUUCUCUACCCUCAUAACUUUUGUCAUAUGGAGCUGUGUGAUUAAAUCAUGUGUCCUUGUCUACAGGUAUGAGGCAAAGCACUAAAUGCAUUCAAGUUCCAUUUUUGUAUUGUAGUUGCUAUCAUGAUAUUUAGCCAUAUUAAAUUAUUCAUAACUCAUGUGACCACAGGAAAUAGGAACUAGAGUGGUUACUGGUUUCACUUAAGUCUUGGAAUAUAAAAAUAUAAUAGUUACAAACUGGUAAAUUGAGUUAAACCUGAAAGAACAUUUUCCCAGUAUGGUUUAUCUAAGCUCUGGCCUUUCCUUGUUUCUAAUCAGGCCAAGUCCACUUGGUUUUCCUCUAUGUAAAUACAGAGCUGAUGAGACCGUAUUUACUCCUCCUUGGCGACCUGGGCAUUGUUCCCAAAAAUAUCAGGUUUAAACAUUUUGUCAAAUACAGUUUUUUGUAACCGUUAGGACAAGUGUGACUUAACUUUUUUGUACGAAAUAUUCUGUGUAGUAGUGUAAAUGGUGGUUUAUGUCCAGUCAGAUAAGUUGUUUAAGGUAUAGGCCUAUUAAACCAAUAAAUGCAAGACUGUUACUUACUGCAAUUUGCAGCAUUUGGUGUGUGCCACUUGGCAUACAUUUCUUGAGCAAUUUAUAAGGAAGGAUGAAACAAAUGUAGUUUUCAAUAGUAUACAUAACCUGUGCUAGUCUGUGCAACACUGCCAGACAGAUAAGUGAUCAAAUGUUGAUAUAUAAUAAUGUAUAUAUGUACGAACAACAGUUUGCAAUCAAGUUGAGCUGUGGAAAUAAUACUAGGUACUAGGCAUCUUCCACCGGGGAAAGAGACACAAGGUUUUCAUACAAAAAGAAAAAAAAAAUUCAAUUGACUUCCUGUACAUUUAUGACCUUCUUUCUUGCCUAACUUUCCCCCCACACAGCCCAUUCCUGCUCCGCACUCACAGAAUUAUUGUAUGCAGCUCUACUCAGCUGCAAACAAAACGGUGAGUCUUGAGGUAAAGUAGGUGUGCCAUGUAACCACACUUACUAGCACCGACAGCCGGCUAAAUGGAGUUUAAUUGUAUUUCCCCUUUAAGUGUUCUCCCUUACAAUAUGCAAAGUAUAUGUUGGGUUUUUACAUCUAUACAUUACAUAUAAUGAUAGAAUUUAACGGCUGAUAAGAAACACUACGCCCAUAUAGUCAGCCCCUUUUUACAUCCACACUCUCUCUCUGUUGGGCUGGAGGUGCAAAGUAAUUUAGAAAAUAUAGCUAGCAGAUGGCUGAGGUUUGUUUUUUGUUUUUUUUGUAAUAAAGAAAAGCAGCAUGGAAAGGAAGACAUUGAUACUGCUUAAAUAUAAUGAAGAACAAAAAUCUAGUAGUUUUUCAAAGAAGUAAUAACAUAUUACAAACAUUAUGUCCAAAGUCCAGGAUUAUUAACCCUCAUAUACGAAUUCCACAGUUAGAGAGAACACAUAGAAUACAAGGAGUCUAAUAUAUUGGUGACUAAAGUCAAGAUUUUCAGCUGCAAGUCAUGUGAUAUGUGCGUUCAUAUGUAUUGUGUAAUUGGUUUUCUUCCAUGUCUAUUAACCUAUUUCCAAUGUUAAACUACACACUACUUGUGUGUAUAGCUUUCUCUUGUAACUUUUUACAAGAUCAGUUAAAUUACAUGAAUGUUAAUUAGUACAAAAAAAAAGUUUAUGCAUAAAAUCAAUAGACAAUCAUACAAGUAAAAAAAAAAGUAAAUAAGAGCAAGAAAUCGAAUGCAUAGUGCAGGCAAAGUAAAUAAACCAAUACUGGGUAUCAUCGAACCGCUCAGCACACAUCUCUCCCCAAAUCGGCCCGUGAAUACGGUCCUUUACACUGUUGUUUAGACUGACGCUGGGUACACCCUAGGCUAUAUACCGACCGAUCCUGGCAGAUUGGACUGACACAUUGUGCACAUCGGGUAGUGUGUAUGCAAUACCAUGCAGAUCCCCUUACCGUCUAGUGUGUACCCAGCUUUACAGUUAUGUACAGUUAAUGACUGUUAGCGCUGUUGGGACCAUUUUAUUAUUCUGUGAUAAUCCUGCGGGCAGUUUUGUGCUGCUGGCUUGCUGAUUCUUUUUAUGUCAUGUAUGUGACUAGCACAUCCACUUGCCAAUUCUGUUUUUCCUUGCACCAUUGCUUCCCCAUCCCCCAAUUAUUCUGAACAAUAAUUUCAGAUGUGUCCUUACACAUAUAGCUUCAAUACGCCAUGUAGUGCGAGAUGCCUGGCGUGAGUGAGCGGCCAGGUCCCGCUCAACUCUGAGAACAUUGGGCGUCUUUUUGCAGAAAAUGUGUCUUAUGCGUAUGCUAUGCAGCUAGGACGCACAAGGAGAUUCUGCUGAUUAAUGACACUUGUAUAUUGUGUGUGACUGAGUCUGUAUACGGAGCAGAACAGGACUUGUAUUGGGGAAAAAACGUCAGCUGCUACAUUGUAGCACUUCGCGUACAGAUUCAGAGACUCAGUCGCACACAGAUAUACAAGUGUGUUACAGUAUAUCAAAGUAAUCUGCACAGUCACCUGGGCAAAAAAAACACCUAGGGCUAGAAAAUUUUCACACGAUUUGGCGUGCCAAGAGGGGCUGUUUGGAGUGACUGCAGCAAAGAUGUAUGAGGACAUAUCUGUAAAUUGGAUCGAAUAUCCCAGAACUUUACCAUUAGCUUGUUCACAGACAUUAAUCUGGAAAUAACAAAUGUCUCUUUUUAAUCUGAUAAUAAAACCUUGUACAGGUGGUCCAGAUUAGCUGGGCAAGGUGUGAUUCAAGUUUCCACCAAUCAGGGCAGAUGACUACAGUAGUUUAAAUAGUGUAACAGUUUCCAUACAGUAGAGGUCCAUGAUUUCUAAAGUUCAGUAAGUAAAACCAUUGAUCUAUCAGACUUGCAUGACCCUAGGUUGGGUGAUUAAUGAAGAAAUUAUUUUUAUAUUUCAGUGUUGAAACGUCUUAAAAUUUGAGUCUCUUUGGAGAUUAUUUGUUAUUUUGGUUGUUUCGCCAGUAAAACCUUGUGCCUCUGCAACUGAGGCCCCAGCAACCACAGCUCUUCAAGCAGUAGUACAGAGUUCAACAUGUUAUUUUCAGAUUGGUUGUCUUACCUGCCUUUAGUUGCUUAUGCUAUAUAAUUGUUUGCCUGUGUCCAUAACUCUGUUCUCCCUGAUGGCCGACCCAGAACUGAGGUACAAAUUGUGAUUGUAGAGAAGAUGGAUGUGAAAUUACUUUAUUUUGUGGUGUAUAUACAUGUAGAUUACUACUGGAAGUGUCAUUUUCAUUUUGGAAAAUAUGUGUAUUUAGACAUAAUUAACAUUUUGCUUUCAGUCUCUCCCACAUACCACUACUGCACCUGUUUUGGCUAGGUUCCCAUACAUCAUGUCUCUAUCUGUGGUACUGCACAACAGUCUGAAUGUUUUCAGUUUUGAAUACUUUUUGGUGUGUGUAAAUAUGUAUUUGUAGUUAGUUAUAUGUCUGUUUUGUAGUUGGAAUCAGUUCUUACAGCUUUGUAAAUGAAUAGGAGAUAGUGAUGCAGAAUACAAAAUUCUCAUAAAAAUGUUAACUCUAAACACUUCAGAAUUGUUAUAUUAUAAAUUAUUAAAAUAAAGCACUACAAAACAAA